GCUGCUAUGUCAUUCAAAAUUGUUGCCAUUGUCAAUAAAGUUAUUUAAACUGAUUUAGUUUGUUAUAAAUACUGAAUCCGCGAGCUCUAUUUUUUUAACAAUGCAAAAAAUUGGAAAUUUACGUCUUGGAGCUCUUCUAAUUAUAAUCCUGAUUAAUUCGUUUACCUGGGGAACUAUUGUAAGAUUAAGUGCAAUUAAGUGUCACUCUGACGAUCUAAAGUUUUGUGUCGUCGACAAAUGUGAAAUGAAAACUUUAAGUCGGCGCCUUAAAGAAGUCCAUGCUGUGGUCAAACUGCUCAAAAUACCAGUUACCAAUGCUUCGAUUCGAGCAGAGCUUCUGCGUGGCAGCCUAUCAUUGUACAAUUUCGAAUUUGAUGGCUGUCAAUAUUGGGUAAACAAACGACGCAAUCCAUUUGUAUCAGCAAUCUACAAGUUGUUUAACUUGUAUCGCUACACCAAUGUGAAUCAUUCGUGUCCCUAUUCUCACGACAUCGUUUUAAAUCAUAUGCCUUUUGAUACGAAUUUAAAUACACAAGUUCCACUCGGCAAUGGAAAUUAUGACGUGGUUAUGUAUUGGUUUGCCUACAAGGUACUUCGCGCAACUAUAACUAUUUCAAUGGAAGUUGUUAAUUAA